UUCUACAUCAAAAGAGAAGAACUGAAUAGAUAUUUUAAACAAAUCUACAAUAAUAUACAUUUACACAUACGAAUAUAUACAUAUAGGGAUCUUUUCAGAUAAAUAAUUGUUCAAAUUAAAGAGAAUGAUACCGAGUUGUAAUUGCAACUCGACUAACGAUCGAUGAUUAUACACUGAAAGAAUUUUAAAUUGCACGUGAUAUGGUGCACUCUGUGGUUUAGUAAAUAUGAAAAAUGAAUAAACAGAUCAACAAUGCAAUGACGAGCAACAGUUGCAUCGAAUAUGUUGAAACGAUAGAUCAUUCCCAAAAUCUACACGAUAGUAGAAAAAAUAUAUUUUAAGCGAUAAUAAAUUAAUACUAAACUCACCAAAAAAAGAAACAAAUAUUUUUUUUCACUCUAACAAAUUGUAUCGAAACCGACAUUAUCUAUAUACCGAUAAAAAUUGCAAAAAGAAUCAAGUGAGAGUGAUUAAAAAUGAAUUUUCAAAAUCUGAAUCGUUUGAACACUUUCGUAAACGUGGUCUCGGGAAAUAUUUUACCAAUAACCGAUAUAAAAAAGGAAUUAUCUAUCGUUCUGAAAAUCUAUUCGAUCCUUGUUUGGAUGAUAGAAUUGGCAUAUUUGGCUGCCUGUAUUCUCGGACUUUUCAAUGUAUCGAGGGAAAGAGCAUUAAAGGACAGCACUGUGAACAUUGUGAUCUCGUUAGAAGUGUUCAUCUUGAUCGUUUAUCUGCACAAUCGUAAGAAAUUGUUACGUGGAUUAAUCGGAAAGUUGAAUUACCUUCUAGUCGUGGAGGACGAAACGCUUCGCGAUGUGACAAUUGGUACGGUGAAACCGUUGGAGAAGCCUCUUAGAAUCUAUAUAAUCGCCAGCGUUGGUUCUCUUAUGAUUUGGGCAUCGUUGCCGCUCGCUAAAACGUUUCGAAAAAAUGAAUUCUAUUACACGGAUUAUCAAGUGCCGGCAGUCAUAUCAAACGAGCCUUUUCCAAUCGGUGUUUUCAUUGGUGGCGUUGUCCUACAGAUUUUUGGCAGUGCGUACACGUUGCUCAGAAAGAUCAGCUUGGAUCUCUACACGAUGCACUUGAUACUUUUAAUAACGGCACAAUACAAGUAUCUUAGGAUCAAGUUUGCCACUAUACUCGAGCAGAAAACACCGAAAGAUUUCUACAACGGUUUUAUUAUUUGGCAAAAUGUCUACGAGAUAAAUGAUAAAAUGGUCAAACAGGAAAUGAAGUUGUUAACCCGCCAUUUUGAAAUUGUAGUCGAAAUGACUGUCAUGUUGAAGAAAUUACUUUCCCCAAAUAUUGGAAUUCUUUACAUAAACUACGUUUUUCGAUUCUGCUUUCUGAGUUUUAUGCUUGCAACGAGCUCAGCCAUGUAUGUUGAAAAAUGUUUACUUGUAUCGUAUACAAUCGGUGCAUUAAUACAAUUUUAUAUAUUGUGUUAUUGUAUUCAGCAGUUACUUGAAGCGAGUACAACUGUAGCAGACGAUAUAGUACACGAAAAAUGGUAUUUUCAUGAUGUAAAGUUUCAACAUAUAAUUCUUAUGAUAAUUUUGGCUAAUAAAUUAAAGUGCAAAUUAUCUAGUUUUCGAAAUAUCGAUUUAACAUUACCGUCUUUUAUGUCGAUUUUAAAUCAAGCAUAUUCGGUAUGUUUGUUAUUUUUGAAAGCA